CGGAUCACUCGUUGAGAAAGCUGCCAAACGUUUCUGCCAAGAGAGACUCGCACGCUCGUUCAUUCUCUUUGUUGUUUCAUCACCCUUUCAUUGACGAAUAACUUUUGAAUGAACAGAAGAAAUAAUCACAGAACUUUAUUAUUUAUUAUAAACAUGGACACUGACAAAGUAUUGUGUCCGAUAUGUGCUGAGCAAUUUGCUUCCACCAUCAUCGAGUCUCACGCCAGCAAGUGUUUAUUCCUGAAUGAAUCUAUGAGCGUGGAAGAUGCAACGUUGCUUAAGGACUCCAGUUCCAUGAGCAAAAGAAGCAAAUUAAAGCCAGCAAAUGUGAAAAAAGCUAAUCAAGCGCCUAUUAAGAGAAAGGGUAGUUCUUUGGACCUGCAGUUCUCUACCCAAAGUUCUAUGACUGAACGAGAUAUUAAAGAGAACCAUGUGCCACAGAAAAGUAUGGAAAAUGAAUGCAAAAAGUUACGGAGGAACGAGUGUGUACCUCUCGCGGAACAAAUGAGACCAACGUCGCUACUAAACUUUGUAGGCCAGAAGCACAUUCUUGGAUCCGGCACUAUGCUCUCUGAACUUUUGCAAAAAGGUGAAAUACCCAACAUGAUUCUCUGGGGUCCGCCUGGAUGUGGCAAAACGUCUUUGGCCAAUGUUAUAGCGCACAUGUGCAAGAAUGACGCGAGCCGUAAGUUACGAUAUGUUAAAUUGUCCGCUGCGAUGGCUGGCGUCCAGGAGGUAAAGGAAGUCAUUGGUAUUGCCAGUAAUCAUGCCAAGUAUGGACAGCGUACGAUAGUGUUUAUGGACGAGAUACAUAGGUUCAACAAGACGCAGCAGGACGUAUUCCUACCGCACGUUGAAUCUGGAACUAUUACUCUCAUCGGGGCUACAACAGAAAAUCCUUCGUUUAGCUUAAAUUCCGCAUUACUGAGUCGAUGCAGAGUGAUCGUUUUACACAAAUUGUCGAUCGCCAAUUUGCUAUCGAUUUUAAAACGCGCAGUAAUUUCGCUAAAAGGUAUAAUACACGCGUUGGAUAAAAAUGAAAGCACUUUACGAGAUACUAGCGAAGAAAACGCGUUGGAGCAGGUCGGAGUCGAUAUGGAUUCCGCGUCGUCCUGCGAUACAAAGUUUAUUAUAGAUGAACCGACGAUAGAAUGGUUGGCUGGAACUUGCGAUGGUGAUGCUCGCAUAGCGUUGGGAGGACUAGAAAUGGCAGUACGAUGUAAAGCACCGAACAAGGAGGCGGAGGAGGCGGAAUCCUUCGAUAUUGGUCCGACCGUAAUAACGCUCAACGACGUCCAAGAGAGUCUGAAGAAAACGCACAUGCUAUAUGACAAGAAGGGUGAUAAUCAUUACGAUAUGAUUUCUGCGUUACACAAGUCUGUCAGAGCCAGCGACGAGAACGCUUCGCUUUACUGGUUAACGAGAAUGAUUUCCGGCGGCGAGGACCCGGUUUACAUCGCGCGAAGAUUAGUGAGGAUGGCUAGCGAAGAUAUUGGUUUAGCUGAUCCAAAAGCUCUUGGAAUAGCAGUACACACGAUGCAUGGCUGCAAAAUGAUUGGGAUGCCGGAAUGUGAUAUUCUUUUGGCACAAUGUACGACAUAUUUAGCGAGAGCACCGAAAUCCAGACUAAUGGAAGAUGCACUUAGAGCUGCGCAAAAAGUAGUAGCCGAGUACAAGGGUCCGCAACCAGGAGUACCCCUGCACUUGAGGAAUGCCCCCACGAGACUUAUGAAAGAUUUGGGGUAUGGUAAAGGAUACAAUAUGAUGCACAAGGAUGAAUCUGGAUUAGGCUAUCUGCCGGAAGGAUUGGAGAAUUUAAAUUUUUUUAGAAACGAUGAGAAUGAUAUGUAGAAAUGCUAUGGUUUAAUUUAGAUUUAUGUUUAUUAUGACUUAUGAUGUAUUAUUUUUUUAUAUAACAAAAACACAUUUUUAUUGUAUUUUA